ACAUGAGUUCUGUUGGAUACCUGACGCACAGAAGGUUGCUUCUAAACAUCAGUAAAUACUUCUGUAAACACAGAAAAAACCCUGUUUGGCUCAAAAACCAGAGCAGACUGAUCCGAACCUCCAGCAGAACCAUGACAGUCAUGCCUGCUUGGGUUAUUGAUAAGUAUGGAAACAAUGACGUCCUGCGGUUCACAAAUAACGCCAGGUUCCCCAUCAUCGACUAUCCAAAUGAAGUCAUUGUAAAGGUGUUUGCAGCUGGUCUGAACCCGCUUGAUGUCAGCAUGAGAGGUGGCUACGGCUCUGCUACGCUGGCUUUGAAAAGAGACCCUCUCAACAUUACACAGUCAGGCAGCGAGUUUCCUCUCAUUCUGGGAAGAGACGUGUCUGGCGUCGUCAUGGAGUGUGGCCUGGAUGUGAAGUACUUCAGAGAGAGGGAUGAGGUGUGGGCAGCGAUUCCACCGUGGAAGCAGGGCAGUUUGGCUGAGUUUGUGGUUCUAAAUGCCAAUGAGAUAUCCCAUAAACCAAAGUCAAUGGGUCACUCACAGGCAGCAUCCAUUCCUUAUGUGGCGACCACUGCCUGGUCUGCGCUGGUGAACACAGGUGGACUCAGUAAGGACAAUUGUGCCAAUAAACGGGUUUUGAUCCUGGGAGGAUCUGGGGGUGUUGGAACAUUUGCAAUCCAGUUCCUGAAGGCAUGGGGAGCCCAUGUGACCGUUACCUGCUCCCACAAUGCCGAGCAGUUCGUAAGAGGGCUCGGGGCGGACCAUGUGGUCGACUACACAGCUGGACCUGUUGAAGAGCCACUAAGCUUGCUCGAGAAAUUUGACCUGGUCCUUGAUAACAUAGCGGGGGACACUGAGCGAUGGGCCCUUGGCCUGCUUAAACCUUGGACUGGAGCCAAAUACGUCACCCUGGUAACACCUUUUCUGCUGAACACAGACCGGCUGGGUAUAGCUGACGGCAUGCUGCAGACCGCAGCCACAGUAGCCACCAAAAUGAUCAAGCAUUUAGUCAAAGGAGUCCACUACCGCUGGGGGUUCUUUGCACCAAGUGGUCCAGCACUGGAUGAGAUAAGAGAAAUGGUGGACGCAGGACAGAUCCGCGCCGUGGUGGAGGAGACCUUCAGCUUCUCCCAGGUCCCUCAGGCAUUCGAGAAGGUGGAGAAGGGCCACGCCCGCGGAAAGACAGUGGUGGAAAUUAGCCAAGGGGGCUCUUGAUUUAUAUUAUGGACUUUCUGCGAGAAUGUGCAUGUGUUUGCACAAUUAUUACAAGAAAUACUUGAAAUAAAGUGUAAUGCAACAACUCACACUAUUGUUUUCAUAGCAGAAACCAAGAAACCUUAGUGUAUUCGUUGCUACCGCAGUGUGUUGCUUUUUCUACUUGAAAAUGGGCUCAGAAGCAGUUUGUUUCUCAAAUGUUUGGUAUUUCUUAUGAAUUUGUUUGAAAUAAAAAAACAACCUUCUUUAGAUCA